GCGUCUCCUAUAGCCAGCCAGCCUGUUGAAUAUAGUUAGCUUGCUAUUUUGAUUUUGGGGUAGGAAAGAGAUAACUCAUUUGAAAUGUAAAAUAAACGACAAAUAAACAUUUGUAAUGCUAUUUAACAGACAGAAUGCGCUAUGACAUAGUCAAGCUGUUUGUCCAAACCGAAACAGUAAGUUAACGUUAACUUGGCUGGCUCGUGAAACAAGACUCAAAGACACAUUUUCCAACAUGUUGAAAUUCAGCUUCAAGAGGGAGAAAGACAAGGAGUUUAGGCAUAUAGCUCAUGGUUUGAUUCCUGCUGCCUCCAUUGCUCCCAAGCCAGCUGUACCUCGUACCCCUCCCCCACGCAGCCCAAACCCCUCACCUGAGAGACCCAGAUCAGCAUUAGCAGCCGCCAUUUUGUCUUCCUCCCUCACUGGAAAGACGUGGGCCAUCCCUCCUACCCGGCCGAGGUCAUUCUCUGAGAGUGACCGAUCAGAAUCUGUCGUCUCGGAACCAAAUAUCAGCACUGCACUUUACACCAGAGACAGAUGGUCAAAAGAUUUAGCCAACCGGUCACGCCUGUCCUCUCCUGACAACUCUGAGGGGGAGUUGGAAGACAAGGAAGAGGAGGCAGAGAAUGAAGAGGACGGGGAGGAACAUGUCUACCAAACCCUGGAAAGGCUGGAGAAUUGUUCCAUCACAGAACCCAUCUAUUCUCUGCCUUUAAAAACUCAGUCCAGUAUACCCCAGCCAACUCGGAUGUCUGGCAGAAGACUGCCGUCUCCAGAUUUUUCAGAGGAAAUCAGUGACCAGUCUGCUGAAGCAAGAGAGAAGGAAACAUCUGUCAGGAAGAGCCUUGAAAAUUGGACAGAAGAUGUGCUAUUUAGGUCCACAGAACAAAGCGUAACCACUGACCUCCCUAUCCAAGCCAACCAAACCAAAAGCCCAAAACAUCUCACCCACGUGUCUUCACAGUCAAGCAGGGUAUACAGUGAGGUGCAGAAGGAGGUAGUGCGGGGCCUACCAGAGAAGAACACAAGGAUGGUAGAUGAUCAAAAGCUACUAGAGGAGAGACUGCAGCGCCUGGAGAUCAGCCACAACCAAGCCCUCUCAAACCUGAAGUCCACUGCAGACAGCCAGGCAGAGCUACAAAAUUUGAGGCGACAUGCUCAGGAGCUGGUGGAUGAAAAUGAUGCCCUGAAAUUGACAGUUCACCGACUGAAUGUGGAGCUGAGCCACUACCAAACCCGCUUUAGACCACUGUCCAAAGAGGAGCACUCCAAAAUCAGUGGCUUACCAAAGACAGGCUCUCCUCCUCCUUGGCUGCUUGACACAAAGUAUUUAUCUCCUCUGCUGCUGGCUUAUGAAGACAGGAUGAAUGAGAAGGAUGCACUCUUGCAAACCACUGAGGAAGAGGUGAAGAAAUUGCGUGUUCAUGUAGAGGAAGUGAUCAAAGAAAAUGAGAGACUGCAUGGUGAAAUUGCCAAGGUUGGGGUGGUCAGCCAGAAGGACUGUCAACAACUUCAACAACAAGCUAUUCUGGUUUUGCAGGAGAACCAGGUUCUGAUUGAUCAGCUUGAAGCUCAGCAUGUUAAGGCCAAGACCAAUCACAGCAAACACCACACUGAAGUAACAAAGGUGUCUAAGCAGCUCAUGCUCUUAGAGGUGGAGAAACAGCGUUUGCAGGAGGAACUGGAAGAAAGCAGCAGGGUGAUGCAUAAAAAUGCAAAGGAGGUUCAAGUUCUGCAGGCCCGCCUGAAGGAUGCUGUCACCUGGGACGAACACUGCAACAUCGCUGGGAAACUCAGAAGACAGUUGGAGCAGCAGGAGAGCAGGAAUAAGAGGGAAAUGGAUGAAUUGCUUCUUAAAGUGUCCAGUCUGCAGGAGGAGAAUCGGAGUCUGGCUCUGGACAAAGCCAACCUGACUGCUGAUAGAAAGACAAAGGAGGCUGAGCUGGAGCUCUGCAGACAGGCUAACAGGAAGGUUGAAAGACGGAUGAGUGUACUGAAGCGACAAAAGGACGAGUGCGUGUUGAAGGAGGAAAAGACUCGGCAUUACUUGGGAGCCGUCAUUUCUGUGGCAGAGCACAUUUCCCAGGAAAGAGACCAACUGUUGCACAUGGCUUCGGCUCUUCAGCAGGAAAAGCAGGGAUUCGUCAACAGAGUUCUGAACGGCACAGUUCGAUUCGGAAAGCUACAGGAAGACGUCAAAGUGUAUCGGAGGCAGGCGUCAACCAGACUGGCAGCGUUGGAGGAGGCAGCCGAGGGGAGGACAGCUUCUUACCAGAGGGAGAUCCUUCACCUGCAGAGGCUGCUGAGAGAAAGACAGGAGACUGAGGAGAAACUGCUGCAGUCCAAACGGGAAGUAGAGGAGGAGCUGGAGGUGGUGUGGCAGGCAGCAACGAGAGAGAACCAGCAGAUGAGGGAGACUCUUGUGGAUUCAAAACUGACCGGGGACCUCCGUGGCAGCGUUUCUCCUGGCUGGCUUGUUGAGGCUUCAGAUGAGCACACCAAAUCUACCCAGCAUCAGCAUAAACAUGGACUGGAUUUCUACUGCUGAAAGAAUUGAAGCCAUAAUCUACAGGAGUUCCUGUCCACUCAUACCCCAAAACAGAUUAAUAAAAUCAUUGUAAACCUUAACCAUUCUUGGAAUCAAACUCAACCCUUUGAACUGUAUUAAUAUCCAUCAGAUAGCUGAAAUGUCUCUGGUGGGAGCCAGACAGACAGACAGACAGAUAGAUACUUUAAGUAAAGCGUAAUAAACUGACAAAAAAAAUGGAUAAAGCAAAGUCAGAAUUACCCAUCACUUGUUCAGUUUUGCAGUGUGGCCAAAGAUAUUAAAUAGGCUUACAUUAUUUGAACAGUGGUGCUUUAAUUAUAUGUGUGUUUUUAAAUUAGUGCCAGGAUGCCAAGUACAAUAUCUACAACUAUACAGAGAAGUUUGGAUAACGUGUCCUGAAGACAAUGCUGCCAUCUGCUUGAUUUACGUGGUAAUGACAUUGUUGUAGCAACAUCACAGGUACAGAACAAGAGGAUAUGAAAAACCUUUAUGUGUGUGUGUGUGCGUGUGUAACUGUGCAUGUCUGUGUCUGUCCAUGCGUGUGUAAAGGGUCUUUGUUUAAAGUCAUGUCACCGAUGCAUUUAAUGAAUCACAUCGACUGUAUGUUUAAACUGAUCAAAAUAAUACAAUCAAAAUGA